GCGCGAGGGAGGGGAGGAAGCGGACCGCGCGCAGCGCUCCGGGGACUGUGACCAGGAGGACUAGGCGGCUCUUUUCACCCUCCAGGCGGAGACCUGGGGCCGCGGACAUCUGCGUGUUUGCAGUGCUUGUCAUCAGCUCUCAACUCCAGGCGAUUGCGCGGAGACUUUGGAAACAUCCGAAGGCAGCAGAGCUGUGACACUUUUGACUUGGGGGGAAGGGGGGUGGGGUAGGGGCAGCGACGCUACCUGGGGCUGAGAGACUUGGGACACCGGUUCGCUCAAAGGGGAAGGCAGCGAUGUGAGCUGUACAACCGCCACAGAGGAGUUUCAACGUCUCCGGGGAGUCGCCCGCCGUGCCAGGACUUGAGCUCCAAGCAGACUGACUUGAACGGGGAUCUCCUUUGGGAAGCAAUGAGUUUCCAACAACCUGUGGUGUGACUUGUGUUAUUUGGAAAAUACUCAACCCCAGUGCUUCCUGCCCUACUUGACUUGUGGAACUCCUGCAAGCCCAUGUGGACUACGGGUAGAAUGAGCAAUGCAAAGAGCCGGCUUGGACUUGGCACGUCCUUGUACUUCUGGGCACUGAUGGACCUUACAACGACCGUUCUCUCCAGCACUCCAAUGCCAGGAGUUGAACUAGAAACGCUCUUCUCAGACAGGCCACAGCCACAUCAGCGAAGCAAGAGGAGCUGGGUUUGGAAUCAGUUUUUUGUGCUGGAAGAGUAUACUGGGACCGACCCUUUGUAUGUCGGCAAGCUUCAUUCAGAUAUGGACAGAGGAGAUGGAUCCAUCAAAUACAUCCUUUCAGGAGAAGGAGCAGGCAUCGUGUUUACUAUUGACGACACCACUGGGGACAUCCAUGCCAUUCAGAGGCUGGACCGAGAGGAAAGAGCCCAAUACACUUUAAGGGCUCAAGCCCUAGACAGGCGGACAGGCCGGCCAAUGGAGCCAGAGUCAGAGUUCAUCAUCAAAAUCCAAGAUAUCAACGACAAUGAGCCCAAGUUCCUGGACGGACCUUACAUUGCCACUGUGCCAGAAAUGUCACCAGUAGGUACCUCUGUUAUCCAAGUGACAGCCACAGAUGCUGAUGAUCCAACCUAUGGGAACAGUGCUCGGGUAGUGUACAGCAUUCUCCAGGGCCAGCCAUAUUUUUCUGUGGACUCCAAAACAGGUGUAAUCAGAACGGCACUCAUGAACAUGGACAGAGAAGCCAAAGAAUACUAUGAAGUGAUUAUCCAAGCCAAGGAUAUGGGAGGGCAGCUUGGAGGAUUAGCUGGGACCACAACGGUCAACAUCACCCUCUCAGAUGUCAAUGAUAACCCACCCCGAUUUCCCCAGAAACAUUAUCAGAUGAGUGUGCUGGAAUCAGCUCCAAUUAGCUCCACUGUGGGGAGAGUGUUUGCCAAGGACCUGGAUGAAGGAAUCAAUGCAGAGAUGAAGUAUACUAUUGUGGAUGGAGAUGGUGCAGAUACUUUUGAUAUUAAUACAGACCCAAAUUUCCAAGUUGGCAUCAUAACUGUGAAGAAGCCCCUAAGUUUUGAAAGCAAGAAAAGCUACACUCUGAAGGUGGAAGGAGCCAAUCCUCACCUAGAGAUGCGUUUUCUGAACCUUGGGCCAUUUCAGGACACCACAACAGUGCACAUCAGUGUGGAGGACGUGGAUGAGCCCCCUGUGUUUGAACCUGGUUUUUAUUUUGUGGAGGUGCCUGAGGAUGUGACAAUUGGAACAACCAUACAGAUCAUUUCUGCCAAGGACCCAGAUGUGACCAACAACUCAAUCAGAUACUCCAUCGACAGAAGCAGCGACCCUGGGAGAUUUUUCUAUGUUGACAUUACAACAGGUGCUCUAAUGACUGCAAGACCACUAGACAGAGAAGAGUUUUCUUGGCAUAAUAUAACAGUCCUUGCUAUGGAAAUGAACAAUCCCUCCCAAGUGGGAAGUGUUGCUGUCACAAUCAAAGUCUUAGACGUGAAUGACAAUGCUCCAGAGUUUCCCAGAUUCUAUGAAGCCUUUAUCUGUGAGAAUGCCAAGGCUGGACAGCUCAUCCAGACAGUGAGUGCCGUGGAUCAAGAUGACCCUCACAACGGUCAGCAUUUCUACUACAGCUUGGCUCCUGAGGCUGCUAACAACCCCAACUUCACUGUCAGGGACAACCAAGAUAAUACUGCUCGGAUUCUAACCAGGAGAUCCGGCUUUCGGCAGCAGGAGCAGAGCGUUUUCUACCUGCCCAUCCUCAUAGCAGACAGUGGACAGCCAGUUCUCAGCAGUACCGGCACACUCACCAUCCAAGUGUGCAGCUGCAAUGAAGAUGGCCACGUCAUGUCCUGCAGCCCAGAGGCCUACAUGCUCCCAGUCAGUUUGAGCCGGGGUGCUCUCAUUGCCAUCCUGGCCUGCAUCUUCGUCCUCUUAGUGCUGGUGCUGCUCAUCCUGUCCAUGAGGCGGCACCGGAAACAGCCCUACAUCAUCGACGACGACGAGAACAUCCACGAGAACAUCGUGCGCUACGACGACGAGGGGGGCGGCGAGGAGGACACGGAGGCCUUCGACAUCGCGGCCAUGUGGAACCCGCGCGAGGCGCAGGCGGGCGCCCCCAAGACGCGGCAGGACAUGCUCCCCGAGAUCGAGAGCCUCUCCCGCUACGUGCCUCAGACGUGCGCCGUCAGCAGCACGGUGCACAGCUACGUGCUGGCCAAGCUCUACGAGGCCGACAUGGACCUGUGGGCGCCGCCCUUCGACUCCCUGCAGACCUACAUGUUCGAGGGGGACGGCUCUGUGGCUGGCUCGCUCAGCUCCCUGCAGUCGGCCACGUCGGACUCCGAGCAGAGUUUCGACUUCCUCACAGACUGGGGGCCCCGCUUCCGGAAGCUCGCAGAACUCUACGGGGCGUCGGAGGGGCCUGCGCCCGUGUGGUGACGGAAGCCCGGAGGCAAACGCGCAUCCAAAUGCAGACGUUCUCAAAGGCUGCUUCUCGUGCACGAGGUGUGGCCACCCCAGGAGCAAUAUUGUGCUGGUCGGUGAGGAUGGGAGUGAGUGACCGAGCAGAGCUCUCUCUGGAUCAGCUUUACUUGGUUAGACUAAGUUAAAUAGUCAGAAGGAAACCCAGGAAGAAGAGGGUAGAAUCUCCAGUUACCUUUUUCAACAUUUUUUUCCUGACACUGUAUUCAAAGGCUUGAAAUAUUAUAAACAAAGCUUGGGUUUUUGUUUUGUUUUGUUUUUUGUUUUUGGGUUGUUUUGUUUUGUUUUGUGGGUUUUUUGUUUGUUUGUUUGUUUUCUUUUUUUCUUUUUUUUUUUUUUUUUUUUUUUUACAUAUUCACCAAGGCCUUUGACAUUUUGCCACCACGAAAAGUACAGAGAUUGCAGUUGAAGGCAGGGAACAAGUCCUACUCUAGAAUCUAUUUUGUCUUUAUUCUCCAUUUCAGAUUGUUUUUCCGGAUCAUGAAAUC